AUGAACGUCAAGUCUCCCGGGGAGUAUGAAGAGCUGCUUCCACAGCCAAAUACUACCCUGGUCAGACCAUCUCCGUGGAACCAGCGGCUGCGCAUUGUAGCUGCCUUUUUCGCCGGCAUUCUCACUUGCUUUUCAGUAUUGAGCUAUGUGCGCCAGCCAUCUUGUGCCAUCGACCAGGCUGCCCCGUCCGGCGCCGUCGAGCUGUAUGCUGCGCCAUGGGCUGGCUCGUCUGAGGUGCACCACUACCCCCCUGCAUCCCCGACCAACGUCAACCCAUCGCUCUUCCCCACGUCUGUCGGCUACGCCGGCACCACGGCGACGGGCGCGGAGCCUGCGAUUGUCGUGACCGUACCGUCCUACCCGGUGCACACUGGCGCGCCCAACCUUGUUGCGCCAUCAUUCAAAGGUCACCGAAAUCACACGUCUUCCAAAUUCGAUAUUUUCAGGUACUGGGGCAACCUCUCGCCGUGGUUCAGCGUCGAACGCGGCGCGUAUGGCUUGCACUCGAGCCCGGAGGUGCCCGACACGUGCCGCAUUACUGGCUUGCAUCUUCUCCAUCGACACGGUGCCCGGUAUCCCACCAAGUUUCCGCAAUAUGGUGGAACCGAAGACUUCGCCGCUCGUCUUAACAAAGAUGCGGCCCAUUGGGUAGCUAAGGGACAUUUAAAAUUUUUGAAUACGUGGACGUACAAGCUUGGCGAAGAACUGUUGACUCCCUUCGGACGUCAGCAAUUGUAUGACCUCGGUGUUUCUACGCGCCUGAAGUACGGCUUCCUCCUGAAGAAUUUCUCCGAAAACAACGCCAUUCCUGUCUUCCGCACGGAGUCACAGGAUCGCAUGGUUGCUUCAGCAUUGAAUUUUGCCAUCGGCUUCUUUGGUUACCCCUUCGAGGGCCAAUACCAGCAGAGUGUCACCAUAGAGAACCUUGGGGUCAACAACACCCUGGCACCGUACAUGACAUGUCCUAAUUUCAUGCAGAAGGACAAGGGCGAUCGCGGCACCUGGUACGUGCGCAAUUGGGCUAACAGGUACCUCAAGCACGCGCAAGUUCGCCUCGGACGGCAAAUGCACGGCUUCAACCUGACAAUCGAGGACCUAUACACUAUGCAAGAGUUGUGCGCGUAUGAGACCGUCGCGAUCGGAUACUCCAAAUUCUGCGAGCUCUUCAUCGAGGAGGAGUGGCGCGGCUUCGACUACGCGGUCGACCUGGGCUUCUGGUACAACGUCGCGUGGGGCUCGCCGCUCGGGCGCGUGCUCGGCGUCGGGUAUGUCCAGGAGUUCGUCGCACGGCUCACGCACACGCCGAUUGCGACACACAACUCGUCGACGAAUGCGACUAUGGACGACAACACGACGACGUUCCCGCUUGGCCAGAGCCUGUACGUCGACGCGACGCAC